GACAACCAAAGAUGGCGCUUGACAUCGCCAUAAUUGAAUUGGCGUUUUCAAUUCAAUUUUUAAGUUGGUUUCUUGAAACAUUCACCUACUGUUCUGGUUAUAACAGAAUAUUAGGAAAUGUUCUAUUCCACGGAGGAAAAGAACCGCGCAUUUCACUGAGUAUUGCCAACAUGUUUGGCUUAUUAUUGCUGAGGGAAGGCGUUCAUCCAAAUCCUGGGCCGAUCUCGGAAAAUGAAUUAGAAGAGAGGCUUACCAAGACGUUUGAGCGAAUUCUUGGCGGACCCGACAGAGCGGAAUCACCAAGCCUCAUCUCAUUCAAAAGAUGUCUCGCUCAAGUCUCGCAUGACGCAGAGGCGACGAGAAGAAGCCCUGGAGAUGGAAUGAACACGCCCCCACCUGAACCAAAACCAUCAGACGGCCCAUUUCAAAGUAAGUGCAGUGUUUGA